AUGAAGGCUCUCGCUCAGCUAUGCAGUAAGCGCAACCCGACAGAGAUCACAAGAAGUGACCUUGCCAUAGCCUCCAUGGCAUGGGGAUUCACCAUGGGCUUUGGAUUUCUGACGACGUGGACAGCAAUGAAGCAAACAGCCCUCGUACAUCGUAGAUACGGUGUCUCUCGUCUUAAUUCCCCAUACAUCUGGAUGAUCUGGCUCGAAAUUCUUGUCUGUCUCACUCUGAGCGUGAUAUGUUGGUUACAUUUGCCUCGCAUUUUUAUUUAUCACCGGUAUGAAAUGCACGCUUGUCCCUCGGAUAUUUUGAAACCAACUUCUAACCAGACUUUAGUGACCUGCUGGUCACUGCAGAUACACUUCUUACUUCAGAUAAUCAUCAACCGAGUAUCUAUCUUGCUAACCAGUCGUCGUAAAGCAAAUAUUCUUAAGUAUGGUGUUGCAGUUUUUAUCACGGCUGUCAAUAUCUCCAUGUACUGUACUUGGGUACCUGGUCGUCUCCAUCCAACUGAGCGAUGGAAAGCUAUCAAUAAUAUUUGGGACUACGUCGAAAAAGUCAUUUAUCUGAUCGUUGACGCUUGUCUCAACCUUUAUUUUAUGUAUAUAAUACAGGCCAACCUUGUCCGGAAAGGACUUGUUAAGUAUGAUCGUUUGUUGCGAUUCAAUCAAUGCAUUAUUGGAUUUUCUCUUUCUAUGGAUUGCCUCAUUAUCGGAACUAUGAGCUUGAAUAAUUCGCUGGUUUAUGUCCAAUUUCAUCCUCUGGCGUACAUGGUCAAGCUGAACAUUGAAAUGGCCAUGACGGAGUUGAUGACUAAAGUAGCAUGUAGCCCUAACCCUUCAGCCCGGGCACCUCAACCGUUAAAGGGCUUAGCCUUUAUUCAUAGUGAUCCAAAAAUGAAUUUUGAAGAAGCUAGCCCGACGGAUCGACAGAUGUACAACCAAUUUCACUCAACUCAAGAAAUUGUUUGGCGCGAGAAGGCCACAUUUUCUGAUUUUAUACUCGAUCAUUGCUCAGAAGUUGCACAUGAGCUCCACCCGGAAUGCAAAUUUCACUUGACACGCGAAGUCCAUAUUGAAACAGAACAGAGGAGGAGUUUGCAAGGGAAAUGUCGCAGCCUGCAAUCAGAUAAUGAUGGAACCGAACAAGUUAUGGCGGCUUUUGAACAGAAAUUACGAAAAUUAAGAGCCAAAGAGGCGGAAACCGAUUCAAUCAAAUCAUGUCGGAGGGGGUUGCCGAUAGAGGAGGAUUUAGGAAGUCAAACAAAGAUCUGGGGACCUGCAGGUUAG